UGAGGGACAAGGCGGGGGGAGGGGGGUGGUGUCCCCGGCCGGCUCGGGGGGUGCGUUGCCCGGAGACGGAAAGUUUGGGAGCCUGAACGGGCUCGGCGGCGGCCCAGGGAACGGGGUCCAGGGGGCGGCGGCCCUGGGGAUGGGGAAGGAGCAGGAGCUGCUGGAGGCGGCCCGCACCGGACACCUCCCGGCCGUGGAGAAGCUGCUGUCCGGGAAGCGGCUCUCCUCAGGCUUCGGGGGCGGCGGCGGCGGCGGCGGCGGCUCUGGAGGCGGUAGCGGCGGCGGCGGCGGCUCUGGAGGCGGCGGCGGCGGUCUUGGCUCCUCGAGCCAUGCCCUGUCCAGUCUGCUCAGCAUUUGGAGAGGGCCUAAUGUGAACUGUGUUGACAGCACUGGGUAUACACCUCUGCACCAUGCUGCUUUGAAUGGCCAUAAGGAUGUGGUCGAGGUUCUUCUAAGGAACGACGCGCUGACCAACGUGGCUGACUCGAAAGGCUGUUAUCCGCUGCACUUGGCAGCCUGGAAAGGAGACGCCCAGAUAGUGCGGUUGCUCAUCCAUCAAGGGCCGUCACACACCAAAGUCAAUGAACAGAAUGCUCUUGAGAUCAAAGAACUCAAAAAGUACGGCCCCUUUGACCCUUAUAUCAAUGCCAAGAACAAUGACAACGAGACGGCCCUUCACUGCGCAGCGCAGUACGGCCACACGGAGGUGGUGAAGGUCCUCUUAGAGGAGCUGACUGACCCCACCAUGCGCAACAACAAGUUCGAGACGCCUCUGGACCUGGCCGCACUCUACGGGAGGCUGGAGGUGGUGAAGAUGCUCCUCAACGCACACCCCAACCUCCUGAGCUGCAACACUAAGAAGCACACGCCUCUACACCUGGCGGCGAGGAACGGCCACAAGGCCGUGGUGCAGGUCCUCCUGGACGCCGGCAUGGACAGCAGCUACCAGACGGAGAAGGGCAGUGCUUUGCAUGAGGCUGCUUUGUUUGGCAAGACCGAUGUGGUGCAAAUCCUGCUGGCUGCAGGAAUUGAUGUCAACAUAAAGGAUAACCGUGGACUGACCGCGCUGGACACCGUCCGGGAGCUGCCGUCUCAGAAGAGCCAGCAGAUAGCAGCACUUAUCGAAGAUCACAUGACUGGAAAAAGAAGUGCAAAAGAGGUAGACAAAACCCUUACACCCCAGCCACCUCUCAUCUCCAACCUGGACUCGAUAUCCCAGAAGUCUCAGGGUGACCUGGAGAAAGCAGUGACUGAACUGAUCCUCGAUUUUAACACCAGCACGGAAGAGGAGGGUCCCUAUGAGGCGCUGUACAACGCUGUCUCCUGCCAGUCCCUGGACAGCACGGCCAGCGGACGCUCGUCCGACCGGGACUCUGUGAGCAGGGAGGCUGAGGCGGCCGGAGGGAAAGCUGCUGGAGUGAGGCCUAGGGAACGUCCUCCACCUCCAGCAAAACCACCACCUGAUGAAGAGGAAGAAGACCACAUAGAUAAGAAGUAUUUUCCCUUGACAGCUUCUGAGGUCUUGGCCAUGAGACCCUGGAUUCAGGGGAGUGCAGCCAAGGAGGAGGAGGAACACCCUUAUGAGCUGCUGCUGACAGCAGAGACGAAGAAGCUGGUGUCUGUGGAUGGAAAGACAACAGACCACAGGCGGAGCAGCGGCGGCCGGAGCCAGGACUCUGCGGAGGGGCAGGACGGGCAGGUCCCGGAGCAGUUCUCAGGUCUCCUCCACGGCUCCUCCCCAGUGUGUGAGGCGGGGCAGGACCCUCUCCAGCUGCUCCCUGCCCCUGGCCAGAACCAUCGCGAAGGGUCCCCUGCUCAGGGCGCCUGCCCCGAGGAGAUGCAGCUGGAACAGACAGGCAGGCGUGCGUCCGGAGCCUCCCCACCCCGCGUGCUGGACCAGAGUAGGAGAGUGGGCCACCCGGCAAGCCUGCCCCACGCCCACAGCCAGACGCACCCCAAAACUUCCACACGCACGGCCUCUCCACGCCCUGGGGGCGCUGAGGAGGAAGGUGACCUGAGCGGGGCCAGGAGCCGAGCCCCUCCCACCAGCAGACCCAAGGCUGAGCUCAAACUCAGCCGCAGCUUGUCCAAGUCUGACUCUGAUCUCCUGACCUGCUCCCCCACGGAAGACGCUACAAUGGGAAGCCGGAGUGAGUCCCUGUCCAACUGCAGCAUCGGGAAGAAGAGGCUGGAGAAGUCGCCCUCCUUCGCCUCCGAGUGGGACGAGAUUGAGAAGAUCAUGAGCUCUAUUGGAGAAGGGAUCGACUUUUCUCAGGAACAGCAGAGGAUCUCAGGUGCGCGGCCGCUGGAACAGAGCGUCGGGGAGUGGCUGGAGGCCGUGGGGCUGCAGCAGUAUGAAAGCAGGCUGCUUCUCAACGGCUUUGACGAUGUCCGCUUCCUGGGGCCUAACGUGAUGGAAGAUCAGGACCUGCGGGAAAUCGGCAUCAGUGAUGCACAGCACAGGCGGAAGCUGCUCCAGGCCGCCCGGUCCCUGCCCAAGGUGAAGGCGCUGGGCUGCGACGGGAACAGCCCCCCGUCAGUGCCCUCCUGGCUGGACUCGCUGGGGCUCCAGGACUACGUCCAUUCCUUCCUGUCAAGUGGCUACAGCUCCAUAGACACGGUGAAGAACCUCUGGGAGCUGGAGCUGGUCAAUGUCCUGAAGGUGCACCUGCUCGGCCAUCGCAAGCGCAUCAUCGCCUCCCUGGCAGACAGACCCUACGAGGAGCCGCCCCAGAAGCCCCCACGGUUCUCCCAGCUGAGAUGCCAGGACCUGUUCUCGCAGACGUCGUCCCCGCUGAGCCAGAACGACUCCUGCGCCGGGCGGUCGGCUGACUUGCUGCUGCCUCCUGGGGACGCGGCCAGGAGGCCGCACGACAGCCUGCACGAGCCCGUGGUGCCCUCUCGGGCAGAGCGCUUCAGAACCCAGGAGGAGCACCGAGAGGCCAAGCUGACCCUCCGGCCCCCCAGCCUGGCCGCCCCCUACGCCCCUGUGCAGAGCUGGCAACACCAGCCGGAGAAACUCAUCUUUGAGUCCUGCGGUUACGAAGCCAAUUAUCUGGGCUCCAUGUUGAUCAAAGAUCUGCGAGGGACAGAAUCCACACAGGACGCCUGUGCCAAGAUGCGGAAAUCCACGGAGCACAUGAAGAAGAUCCCUACCAUCAUCCUGUCCAUCACGUACAAAGGGGUCAAGUUCAUCGACGCCUCCAACAAGAACAUCAUCGCGGAGCACGAGAUCCGGAACAUUUCCUGCGCGGCCCAGGACCCGGAGGACCUGUGUACCUUUGCCUACAUCACUAAGGACCUGCAGACCAGCCACCACUACUGCCACGUCUUCAGCACCGUGGACGUGAACCUGACCUACGAGAUAAUCCUGACGCUGGGCCAGGCGUUCGAGGUGGCCUACCAGCUGGCCCUGCAGGCCCAGAAGGCCAGGCCGAUGGGGGCCUCUGCCACUGAGGUGAUUGAGACCAGAUCUUCCAAGCCGGUGCCGAAGCCCCGGGUGGGCAUGAGGAAGUCAGCGGUGCCGCCGUCCCCCGAUAGUCGCUGUUGUCAGUGUCACACCCGCCCCACCCACCGUCCUUCUUACCUCCCGCUGCCGUCUGUUAGUCCUGGAGCCAAGCUGGAGCCACCCGACACGGACGCCGACGCCCAGUCCCACGCCAGCGUCUCCUGGGUCGUGGACCCCAAGCCGGACUCCAAGCGGAGCCUCAGCACCAAGUACGAGACCACUAUCUUCUAAGCACCCGCCCCGCCUCCGCCACUCUCACGUGCCUUCCGCCGCCUCCCUGCUCUUCUCAGCUCUCCUUCCACCGCUGGGGCCGAGGCCCCACGCCCGCCCCGGCCUCCCCUCCCGGCGGCAGCUCACCCCCGCCACCGGACACUGUGAAUCCCCCCCUUGGUCGAGGACGGCUUGGCAGGGGGGCGAGUUGCCUUUGAGGCGGGGCGGCGGGAGGGCGUCGGCGGGCGGGCACGCGGGAUCCCGACACCGGAGGCCGCGCCUCUGAUGGGGCGGGGCUCCCUGCGGCUCCUCUCCCAGCUUCCGAGUCACACGCUCCCGCGAGCUCGCCUCGCCUCUCCCGACACAACCAACCACUGUGACCGCCUGGGCCCAGGGCCCCUGUACGCCGCUCGCGUUGGCCUGCGGCCUGUCUUCCUGCUGCGAGACCCUCCGCUCAGCGAUGAGGCUGGGCCGGGGUCAGCACGCUCUGUGAGGGCCCAGGGGCACGUGCCUGGCUCUAAAGCCUGGGGCUCUGAGCGCCUGGAGUCUUUGUCUCGGGGAUGUUGAGCUGCAUGGAGUGGGAUGGCUCCUCACGCCUUGGCCGGGGAGUGUCAGGCGGGCGGAAGAGGAAGGCCCCCCUGUGGGACCCACAGGAGGGGGUCAGUGCCCUGCACCUUCUCCUGUCAGGACGGCGCCGCUCGAGGACAGGGACCUGGGCUGGGCAGUGCUUGCUGACGCUUCUCCGUGGCGUGGGGAUCAGGGCAGUCCGCAGCGGGGAAGGCGGCGCGGAGGCUGUGGAGGCCGGCGCCCUUGGGGCGGGUAGCUUAGGUGGCGGGAGGAGAGCCGCGGUUCCAUGGGGGGAAGCUCAGCUCGGAGUGCGACCCGGGAGCCCCGCCGCUCAGUGGCGGCGGUUCCUGUAGAGCCAAACCCGGUGGACAAGCCAAGGUGGGUCUCCUGCCUCCCGCCCUCGUGCCUUCCGAGCAGACGUCUGAGCCACGGAGGGUGCUCGGGGAGGCCACGAGGGGCCUUCUGUUCUGCCUCCCUCUUUCCUCUUCGUCUCCCCCACUGUGUGCAGCCCCUCUGGUUAACCUUUUCCUCCCCCCGUUGUGUUUGCUUCUGCCAAGCUGAGCCACCGAGGAACCGACUGUGUUGCAGAAACAGCCGUGAGGAGCGCAGGCUCCCGCCACCGCCGCUGCCACCGCCGCUUCACCUGCAUUGGAGACCCAGGCCCACCUCCGCCCGCAGGACUCCUUCCUGCUGUGGGCCCGGGCCCGCCGCCAGGCCUCGUUGAGGGAGCCCUGUCCCGGUGCCAAGCAGCCCUCCAACCUCUAGCAGAUGAGACUGGGACUCCAGAGGCCCUAGAAGUGACUUGUCUAGAAAAUGGUUUUUAAUAGAAAAAGAUUUUUUUAUAAAAUUACCUUUUAACACUUGGCUCAAACCUCUAGGUUAAACUGCCAAUCUUUAGACCAGUUGCCAUGCUGUCAGAGGGCAGCGGGCCUCUGUCCUCAGGCCGGGGCGUGGGCGCGCGUGGGCAGCUCCAAGAGAGGGCGCUGGGUGAACCGAGUCAGCCCGACUGCCACCGCUCCUUUCUGAGCCACACGCGGCUUCUCAUCCUCGCCUGGAGCCGAGCACGGCUGUGGCGGCUUCCACUCCGUACCCGGCGGGCGGAGCGUGGAGGUCGGGCCAGGCGGAGGACGAGCAGGCUGCCGUGGUCAGAGCACCGCCCUGGGCUGCAGGCCAUGGGCCCGCCAGUGACCUCAGGCCGGCCUACUCAGAUCAGAAAGGAGAGGAAGCAGCUGUGUGUGUUUUGGGCAUUAACGGGUAGGUCAGCUGAGGCCGGGUAGGUCUGCCUGCCUAUCCGGUGUGUGAUUUAUCUAAUCAGUUGUGUGUGAUUUAGGACUCACUCUGGUCUGACUGUCGUCCUUUCAGCUCUGGGCUCACCCCAGGCUCUGAGGGCGGAGAAGGCUGGUCGCAGAGGCAGUUUGCUCCCGCAGCGUGGCUUCCAGGGCCGGCACUGCCACCGCCUGAGCCAUCCUGCUGGCCUUUGGUUGCGUCGCCCCUCCUGGAGGCGGUAGGAUGGAAGGGACUCAUUCCUUGCGGCUGGGCCAGGUCAGCUGCUUGUCUAGCAGCUCCCAGAGCAGAGCCUUCCCUCUCCAAGCAAGCUGCCCCGCUUUGCUGGGGCGGUGCAGUGGGUCCUGGGGUCAGUAGUCCAAGGCCUUGGCAGCACCCCACCCCCUGGCCGGGAGCUCCCGGGGUAGGGGGGGCAGGGAGCAGGACCACGUGUUCUGCUGACCUGAGUCGGGGCCCCCAUGGGUUCCCUGCACCGUCCACACCACAGGCCCAGGGGGUCACCCUUACUCUGGGAUGGAGACAGGUGGUCCUGCCCUUUCGGUACUAACAAGGACCUCAACACCAGAAAUCUGACUUCAUGUCCUGCUGCUCCCAGGGCCUGAGGGUUCUACUGUGCAGUAUUCAGCCCCUCCUUCUUCCAGGGAUGGACAAGGAGCCCAAGCUGUGUGGGGAGACUGCAGUCUGGCCACAGCACAUGUUCUGUGCCCUCUUCCUCCUGAGGAAGGCCGGUCUCCUCUAAGUAGGCCCCUCGUGGUGGGCGGUGGAUCCACAAAGAAAACUGUAGACACUAUGAUGAGUUCCUCAAGCUGUUUUUUGUUUGUUUUUAUGUCCUAGGUAGGUGUCUCCUCCUCUUGAAGCUGCUAUAUCUUCUUUAUUUAUUCAGGGUGUUUUCAUAUUGGAAAGCCUUGGCUAAUCGGCUCUGGAUUUUGUUUUGAGAUUGGUUUAUUUCUCAGUAGUCAAAAAGGGAGGGGCUAGAUCUUUUUUACUCCUCCUCUGGGACAGGUACUCUCCCUUCCCUACAAAGAAAUAUUAUAACAUUGAGGACAGGCUUCACAUGGAGAAGCCUCGCUUCUGCACGCGAGCGCAGCCCUGUUCUGAAUCAUGCAGGCCCUUCAGGUGGGACUCAAGAGGGGUUAGUACCUGCAGGGCUGCGGGCUCUCUGCUCCGCCCUCCUCCUCGCAGCUGCUCCAAGCGAGUGGGGCUUCCCUCCAGACAGGCUCUGCCUCUGCGAUGCUCACACCCCUCCAGGGCCUCCAGCUGCAGCUCUGGGGAGUCCCUCCAGAAGCCUGGGGCUGAGCAGGCCUGUCUGCCCUCAGCCUGUGUAGGGGGGCCUGGGCCUGCAGGACGACCGUCAGACGCAGUUCACAAAGUGUUGUUGCUAACGGUGUGGCAAUGGGACUGAAAUGUAAUAAAAUGUUAUUUAAUCUUUGUCUCUGUAUUUUGAUACUUGAAUGACUUCCCCUUCUAUUUUACUGUACAUACAAUUGUUAAUCUGUCCGGUUUUGUCUAAAUUGCGAACACCUUGUGGUACCAAACGUAACCGCCCUGUGCAACAGCAUAGACUGACCUCACUACACGAGAGAAUGUAAAUAUUCCUGGGCUCUUGGCUUUGGUUUUGUUAUUUUCGUAACUGUACAACUUAGAACAGAUGAAUUAAUAAAUGAGAAGCGACAUGAAACCAGC